UUCAACAAAGUGUUCUUCUUUGUUCAUGUUUGGUAGACAGCCAACACUGUUGAACUGAACCAAAAUUAUCUUCACGAAAAAGUUGAUAUUUUAGAAUUCCCAAAUUUGAGCCCCUCAGAUGAGUCAGUAGAGUAAAGAGUUGCUUGACAGCUGUAAAAAAAAAAAGUUGACAGUCAUGUUAGAACAUAAGAAAUAAGGGAAGCUGCAAGAAGCGACCAGGCUUACACGAGGCAGUCCCUGUAUGAAACACACCUACCUAUUUCCAUCUGCUAUCCCCAUCCAUAAACUUGUCUAAUCUUCUCUUAAAGCUCUCUAGUGUCCUAGCACUAACUACAUGAUUACUGAGUCCGUUCUACUCAUCUACCACUCUAUUUGAGAACCAAUUUUUUCCUAUCUCCUUCCUAAACCUAAAUUUUUCAAGCUUGAACCCGUUAUUUCUUGUUCUACCCUGGUUGCUGAUCCUAAGAAUUUUGCUUACAUCUCCCUUGUUAUAACCCUUAUACCACUUAAAGACUUCUAUCAGGUCCCCUCUUAGCCUACGUCUCUCUAAAGAAUGUAAAUUUAACAGCUUCAACCUCGCCUCGUAAGGGAUACUCCUCAUCCCCUGUUUCCUUUUAGUCAUUCUCCUCUGUACUGAUUCUAAUAGACCUAUAUCUUUCCUGUAAUGUGGGGACCAGAACUGCACCGCGUAGUCUAGAUGAGGUCUGACCAGCGCCAAGUAUAACUUUAAUAUUACUCCCGGCCUUCUACUUUUAACACCUAAAAAUGAAUCCUAGUACCCUAUUUGCCUUGUUUCUGGCUUCUAUGCAUUGUUUCCCUAGACGGAGUUCAGAGCUAACUAUAACUCCUAAAUCUUUCUCGUACCCUGUACCUACCAGAGUUUGGUUGUCUAAUGUGUACCUAUUGUGUGGGUUUCCUCUAUCUACGCUAAGCACUUUGCAUUUAUUGAUAUUAAAUUGCAUUUGCCAUCUAUCCGUCCAUUCAUUCAUUCUAUCUAAGUCUGCCUGCAAGGCGAUGGCAUCCGAUUCUGACCUAAUUAAUCUACCUAUCUUUGUGUCAUCCGCAAAUUUACUAACAUCACUACUAAUUCCACUAUCCAAGUUAUUGAUAUACAUUAGAAAUAACAAUGGCCCUAAUACUGAUCCCUGUGGCACCCCACUAAUUACAUGACCCCACUCGGAUUUCGAGCCGUUUAUUACCACUCUCUGUCGCCUGUCACUAAGCCAUGACCCCAUCCAGCCUAACACCUUCCCAUCUAUCCCGUGUGCCCUAACCUUUCUCAGGAGCCUUUGAUGGGGUACCUUGUCAAAUGCUUUACUAAAGUCCAGAUAUAAGAUAUCAUAACUAUCACCAUUAUCUACUGCCUCGUACACCAUACUGUAAAAACUUAACAAGUUUGUCAGGCAAGACUUCCCCUUCGUGAAGCCAUGCUGUGACUGAUUUAUCAAGUUAUGUUUGUCUAAAUGCUCCCUAAUGUUCCUCGCUAUUAUUGACUCUAACAUUUUACCUACAACUGAAGUUAAGCUGACAGGUCUAUAAUUAGACGCUAAAGUUUUAUCUCCUUUCUUAAAGAUGGGUACUACAUUAGCCUGCCUCCACAUUACUGGUACCUCACCCGACUCCAGUGAUUUCCUAAAGACAGAAACUAACGGCUCACUAAUAAUCUCUUUACAUUCCUUAAGUACUCUGGGUAAAUUUCAUCAGGUCCUGGUGACUUGAACUUUUUUAGCCUAUCUAUCUCCUGUUCCACUAUCUCCCUAGUUAUGGAAAUAUCUGUCAGCUUCUCAUUCUCAUCUGCUCUAAACACCUGUUCACUAUCUGGCAUAUCCUGCAUGUUUUCCUGGGUGAAGACAGUUAAAAAAUAAUCAUUCAGAAGUUUACUAAUCCCCUCCCCAGAACUAACCAGCUCCCCAUCUACUGCCUUUAAUGGACCUACAGUAUCCUUAUUUGCUUAAGUACAAGCUGAACAAAAGAAAUAAUAUGAAAUGAGGAAAGCUAAAGGACAUAAGUCAUUUGACUUUAAGAUUGGAAUGAAAGUUUUUAUAAAGAAUAAUAAAAAGCAAGGAAGGAAGGGUUCCUGGCUUGAGGAGGACUGGCUUGGGCCUUAUGACAUACCCAGCGUCUUAGAUAACUGUGUACAAGUCACCACAAACGGAAAACUCCUUCAAAAUAAAAUUGCAUUAAUUCACAUAAAACCUUAUAAACCCCCCAGUACUGCACAGGAGCAUGCACAAUUUUGUGGCCAAAUGCUGCUGCCAUCAGCUGCAGGGAGUGCUUCUGCUGUCUGUCUUUCCAGAAUCCACGGCAUCUUGGGAGGAGUCUGGAGAGGACACCUUCCCUGCCACAGACCAUUCUGGCAUGAAGCAGCAACCUGAGGUGCUCCUUUGUGAAGGGUCACACCAUAUCACUCCCCUUGAUGUGCUCCUUUGUGAAGGGUCACACCAUAUCACUCCCCUUGAUGUGCUCCUUUGUGAAGGGUCACACCAUAUCACUCCCCUUGAUGUGCUCCUUUGUGGAAAGUCACACCAUAUCACUCCCUUGCCUCUCACCACUGUCAAUAAGAAAUGCAUUUCAGGAAGCACCACUGUCAUGAGAGUCAGCGUCAAUGUGUCACCCUGUCAUACCUGAGUUGUCCCGUCACGCCUCAGCUGCUCUGUCAUGCUGCCAUGCCUUAGGGUGCGUGCACAGAGACCACUGGUUUUCUCACGCGAGUAAUCAGCGCCGAUAGGCGCCGACCCGCACCUACAAUUACACCAUAUAAAGAAAUGUAAGCGUGCACAGAAGAAGCAGAUUCCAGCAUGUCGGCGCAGGCAGCCAGCGUCAUCUAGGUUUCCUGUUUCCCCAGGACCAUUCUUGCCUGCUUAUUCGCGCGAGUAGAGGUCUAGCAAGAUGGACAUGGAAUUACUUAUCAGCAAAGUAUUUGAGAAACCACCAUUGUGGGAUAAGAGGAGUAAGCUCCACGCAAACAAGAAUGUCAGUGGCAAGCUGUGGGCACAAGUCAGCAAAGAUCCAGUCUGUGAAGAUUACCAGCAUCCUUGGUGCUCACCCACCAGCGCGAGUCCGAACAUAACGGCGGCGUUGGUUACUUGCGCGAGAAAAACCAGUUCUGUGCGCGUACCCUUAGCCACUGUGUCCGGUCCUCUCAUGGUACAGAGAUCUCCCAAUCAAAGAUGCUGUGUUUAUUGGGCCAGCCUCUUCCUGGAAACUAUCACCUGGGUCUCAAGGCUGAGGGAUGGACUGCUGUGAGAGGCUUUCACUGAGGGUCAGGCCCAUCAUGAGACUCAUGGAAACAAAGUCCAUCACCUUGCCGAUGAGGACAAGAUAGUCACCAAAGGCAGAGUGGCUUGUGGUGCUACCUAUUUAUGUGAGUCUGGCUUCUCCACCCUUCUACAAAUCAAGAAUAAGAGCUGGAGCCAACUGGAUGUGGACCCCGACAUGAGAUGUGCAUUGUCAGUGACACAGCCUCAGAUUGGUCAACUGGCUGAAAACAAACAAUAUCAGCCUUCCCACUGAUGUGUCAGAAAAUAUGAAGAGGUUAACAACUGAACUUUUUCCUAACCAAAUUCAAGUUUCCUUGUGUCUGCUAGUCUUUUGUAGUCUAGUGAUGUAAGUUAAGCAUAUUACAAAAAUCUAUCAAAUAUAAGAUAA